CUUACAUGAAUAUGGAUAUUGUCAUAAGGAUUUUCAUAGUGGAAAUAUUUUACAAGAUGAAAAAUUUUCUUAUAUUUCAGAUUUUGGAUUAUCAGGACCAGAAGAUAAGCAAAAAUCGGAUGAUCGAAUAUAUGGAGUAUUACCAUAUAUUGCUCCAGAAGUCUUGAAUAGAGAACCAUAUACUUUUGCUUCUGACAUUUACAGCUUAGGUGUAAUUAUGGCUGAAUUAUCAACUGGAAACCCUCCAUUUUAUGAUAGGAAACAUGAUUAUAAAUUAUCUUUAGAUGUUUGUAAUGGACUUCGUCCAGAAUUUGGUAAAGGAACUCCUGAAUUUUAUAAGAAAUUAGCUUAUAGGUGUAUGAAUGCAUAUCCAAAUCAAAGACCAACGCGCGAUAAAGGAUAUAAUGUUAUAUUUAAACCGUCUUGUAAUUGUAUAUCAGAAACAAAAGUAUAUGGUUCUCCAUUCAAGACUUCUGGAGCAAUAUAUGGUAAUACUCCAUAUAUUCGAUCAUCCAAUUUUUACUUAUCUGCUGGUCCUGUUAAUCCAAAAUCUGAAAUAUAA